AUGGGGUUUCGUACGGUGAGGGAGAUGAAUUUGGCCAUGUUGGGGAAACAAGGGUGGAAACUUUUUACGAAUCAAAAUGCUUUGGUAACGAGGGUGUUCAAAGCUCGUUAUUUCCCUACUUGUUCUUUUUUGGAGGCGGGGUUGGGGUCUAACCCCUCGUUUGUGUGGUCUAGUAUAAGGAAUUCUCAAUCUUUGAUUACGAGGGGUGCUAGGGUGUGCGUGAGGGAUGGGUCUACGACUCGGGUGUGGAAUGUUCCUUGGCUUCCAAAUAAACAAAACCCCUAUGUGUCAACACCUGAACCGAUAUAUUUGAAUAAUCCUUGUGUUCGUUCCCUUUUUAUUCCUAAUACCUUAUGUUGGGAUGAAGAGGUGGUCAGAGAUAUUUUUAAUUGCAGGGAUGCAAACCUUAUACUGAGUUUACCUACUUCAAAUAGGCCAGUUGGGGAUUCGUGGUAUUGGGAUGAGGAUUUGUCGAGAGAGUAUUCUGUCAAGAGUGCUUAUAGAGUACUUAGGCAGGAUUUGAGCAUUGAAGGGACAGUUGAUUGUGAUGUUGCUUGCCACCUGUGUGGUUUGGAGCAGGAAUCUAUAGUUCAUCUCUUUGCAAAUUGUUCUUUUAUUCAUGAUUGUUGGGGUGAGUUAAACCAAUAUUGGAGGUUGGAAUAUGUGGAUAACAUUGAUUUAUGGAUUGCGGCAGUUUGGUCCUCAUUGCCAAAGGAGAUGAUUACAAAAAUUAUUGUUAUAUGUUGGGUAGCUUGGGAGAAUAGAAAUCAAGUGGUUUUUCAUCAACAUUGUUUGCCUCCAAAAGUAGUAGUGGCAAAUGCUUUGAGAUAUUUGGAUGAUUGGCGUACGGUGAAUGAGUUGCAUGCACAGGCUACGUUUGUUUCUUCCUCAGGCGCUAGCUAUUUCCCUACGGCGUGGCAACCUCCUUUGCAUUCUUUUGUAAAAAUUAAUGUGGACGUUGCCUUGGAUUUUGACCGAAACGUGAUGGGUUUUGGGUGGGUGGUGAGAGGAGAGGAAGGGGAAGUACUUGGACUGGGAUGGCGUUUAAAGGAGUAUGUUUGCUCAAUCCGUGAAGCAGAGGCUGUGGGAGUGAGGGAGGUGUUAAGUUGGGUUAAAGAGAUGGGAUGGAAUCGUGUGAUUGUGGAAACUGAUGCGCAGCUUGUUACUACGGCUGUGAAAGGAGGGUUGUGUAGCGGCCUGUUUGGAUUGAUUAUUCAGGACAUUCGUUUCCUGUUAGACCAGUUUUUUACGGUUAAUUUAUGUUUUGUUAAAAGGGAAGCAAAUAUGUUAGCCCACGCUAUUGCGAAGAGGUCCUUACGUGCUUCGAGUAGUGGCGAUGUGAUCCCUACUCAAUCACGACUUUCGUCUCUGCUCAAUGGGCAGGUCUUGCAAUCAAGCUCCAUUCUGUAUUUGCACUCGUGGGCCAAUCUCUCUCCAACUCGAAGAAACUUUUGCACGCUUUUGUUACCUGUUGAGAGCGAGGAUUUGUCAACCUCAACUAGUUAUAGAUGCCAGCAGCAGGACAGAUGGAUUUCAAAGGCUUCUCUCCCUAUCCCCAUUAUCUUUGUCCCUGUUUACAUGGAGAAAGAUACAAAAAGUGCCAUAGACAAUGGAAUUGAUUUGGGAUUCCAGGAAUGGGGUCCCAACCCCAAAAAUGCCAAAGCAAUUCUAUGGGGAUUGGACAUUCCACUCCAUCUAAGCUAA